UGCUCUGCAGCACCGUCAACAUCAGCUGACUGCAGCCGGUUUGCCCUGAGUGAAUAUCAAUUACUAGUCCUCAGAUGCACUAACACCUCCUGAGGGCACGUCAACAUGAGACUCGCCUGUCUGCUGCUUGCUGCUGCCUUUGUGUGGACCGCUGACGCGAUUGUUCGGAUUCCACUUAAGAAGUUUCGUUCUAUAAGACGGACACUGAGUGACUCCGGCAGAGCUGUAGAGGAGCUUGUGGCUGGUUCUGUGCCCCUGAAAUACAACCUGGGGUUCCCAGUUAGUAAUGGUCCUACUCCUGAGACCCUCAAAAACUACCUUGAUGCUCAGUACUAUGGAGAGAUAGGCCUUGGGACUCCUGUCCAGUCCUUCACUGUGGUGUUUGAUACUGGAUCUUCUAACCUUUGGGUGCCCUCUGUCCACUGUUCCCUCACUGAUAUUGCCUGCUUGCUUCAUCAUAAGUACAACAGUGGCAAGUCCAGCACCUAUGUUAAGAACGGGACUGAGUUUGCUAUACAGUAUGGAUCUGGAAGCUUGUCUGGGUAUCUCAGCCAGGAUACAUGCACGAUUGGGGAUAUUGCGAUUGAGAACCAGAUAUUUGGAGAAGCCAUCAAACAGCCAGGAGUGGCCUUCAUCGCAGCCAAGUUUGAUGGAAUUCUUGGCAUGGCCUAUCCUCGCAUUGCAGUGGACGGGGUCCCUCCUGUUUUUGACAUGAUGAUGAGCCAAAAGAAAGUGGAGAAAAAUGUUUUCUCUUUCUACCUGAACAGAAACCCUGACACCCAACCUGGUGGUGAGUUGCUCCUUGGAGGGACAGACCCCAAAUAUUAUACUGGAGAUUUUAACUACGUCGACAUCAGCAGACAGGCCUACUGGCAGAUUCACAUGGAUGGCAUGAACAUCGGCAGCGAGCUGACUCUGUGUAAGGGAGGAUGUGAAGCCAUUGUUGACACUGGAACGUCUCUGAUCACUGGUCCAUCCGCUGAGGUCAAAGCCCUGCAGAAGGCUAUUGGAGCCAUCCCUCUGAUCCAGGGAGAGUACAUGGUUGACUGUAAGAAAGUGCCCACACUCCCCACCGUCUCAUUUGUUCUCGGUGGAAAGACUUACUCACUGACUGGAGAGCAAUACAUUCUGAAGGAAAGCCAGGGUGGAAAGGAUAUUUGUCUGAGUGGAUUCAUGGGCCUUGAUAUACCACCCCCUGCUGGACCCCUCUGGAUUCUGGGUGAUGUGUUCAUUGGGCAGUACUACACUGUGUUUGAUCGUGAAAAUAACCGAGUGGGCUUUGCUAAGUCCGUAUAAGCCCAUCUGUUGCCCUUAACACUGAAGGGAUGUGUCAUGAGAGUAAUAAGAAAUCUAGGAACAUUAUCAGUAUCAUAUCUGCUUAAAUGGCAGAGUAGCGGUAUGAUUGUGUUGUUUGCACUGCUUUUAGCUUUCAAAUGUUUUUGUUUUAUAAAGUGGUAUGUGGAUAUGAAAUGAUUCAGGGAAAAGUCUAAAGAUGACAAGUUACACUGAUUUGUAUUUUAGUGGAGGCUAAUCUCAAUAUCUGUGAUUGUAACACCAGGUUUUAACAUUUUCUUUUAUGAUUGUGUUGUUGACAUGUCAUUUGAUUUCAGACACUACCAAUUUUUAAAUGUUUUACUGUUGAAAAUGACCUCCAAUAAUUGAACAAAUCACAGUGGACAAAUAAAGAUGUUUUAAAACCA